GAUGGCUGGCUGGCUGGAGAAAAAGCGGUUGCUGGAGCCCUGAAGGCAGGCCGCCUGCCUCCCAGCAAAGUUUUUAGGCUUUAGUAGGGAAUGCAAGAAGGCCAAAAUGGGGAAGAACUGGGAGCAGAAGAGGAAGAGUUGGAGGAACUGGGAGGCAUCAAUGAACAGCUAAUAAGGAAACACCAGCUGCCACUCUCAGCACAGUCAGCCUUCAGCUAUAUUCCCCCCCGACGCAAAAAUCCCCCUGAACUCAGCUAUUUUCACCAAGAGAGCAAGCCAGGAAUUGUUUCCCUGUACGACUGCAUCUUUAAAAGACCCAUGGGCUAUGACGAAAAACUCCACCGCUGUGACAGAGAACACGCCAAAAGCAGAGGGCUUCAUAUUAAUGAUGAGGAAAAAGCAAGGCCUAUGGCAGUCUUGUCCUCCUCUGAAUAUGGGCGACGCAUAGACAAGCCCAUGGAGCAGCUGGUCCGAGACCACGUGCGCAUUAGACACGUUCAGACAGAAUUCUACAGGAAAAACGAAAUAGCAUGCUUGAUAGAAAAAUCAUCCAGAACCAUUGAUGCAACCUAAGGCUCCUUGUUGUGGUUGAUAGCAGGGAAGAAUUAAUUUGCCUGGGUUUUGUUUCUGUAUUCUUUCCUGUACUGUGCUACUGGGAUUUUGGGGAAAUUCCAAUCUUGCAUCCUAUCAUCUGAUGAAUUCUUUGCAGGGUUGCUAAAUUAAGUGAGGCAUGUCUUACUUGAAUGUGCCUGUAACAUGGCAGCUAACAGCAUUCUACAGGGAGCAUAAGCUCAUAAUGCAAUACUUGGGGAAGAGGGCGCAGUCACUCCUAUGACAAGGGGGUUUCCGCUAAAGCAGCCAUGUGCUUAUAUGUGAGUACUAGACUCAACCAUUUCUUAUGACAUGCUAAUAAUAUGCAGGUUAGAGCUUAGAUUAACAAAUCAAUGAAUGUUAGAUCACAAAUGAAGGAGCUGACAACAUGCUUUUGCUUAAUGUGUCUUUGUGUCUUUUCUCCCCUCAUUCUUGGAAACAAAAUCUUGUUGUGUGUCUCAUCGUUACCAUGUCUUAGUGUCAACAGUUUAGU